AAGUUCAGUCUGUUGAUCGCCGUUGGCGAACUUGGACGCGUCUCGCUUCGCUUCGCAUCGCAUCGCAUCGACUUGUCGCAUUCCUCGUCCCCGACCCCAACGCGUAUUCCCUUCGAUAUCGAAUUCGAAUUCGACAUCGAUUUCAAGUCUUUUUUGUUGCUUGUGUUUAAACUAUUGCGUUCAAUCCAUGUUUCAAUGUUAUUAAUUGUCUCAUAACGGAUGUAAAGUGAAUACAACCCGAAAACAACAACAACAACAACAAUAUGCCGGACAACGAUAAUGAUAUCAAACCAGCGACAGAUGUGCCUGGAAAAACUGAAGACGCCGCAACAACAGCAGCUGUAGAUUCUGCCAAGCAUGAGGAGAAUCCCGUGCAGGAGAAUUCCAAUGGCAAUGCCCGAAAAUUAGCCGAACUGGAGGAUAGUCCAGAACCAAAGACAAAUGACACGGAUCUAAUUGAAAGCAGUAACUUUGACAACUCCGUUGAGGCGGAGGGACAGCAAAAGAAAUAUCCUUAUCCCAAGUCUGUGUUCUUCAUCAUCAGCAAUGAAUUCUGCGAACGUUUCAAUUACUACGGCAUGCGCACUGUCCUGGUGCUUUACCUCAGUCGACAAUUGGGCUAUUCGGAUGAUACGGCGACGGUUACAUUCCAUAUUUUUACCAUGUUUGUGUACUUCCUGUGUGUGUUUGGUGCCAUCAUUUCGGACUCCUGGCUGGGCAAAUUCAAGACCAUAUUAUAUCUAUCGCUCGUCUAUAUUUGUGGCUCUGUGCUGUUGACAUUGGGUGCAAUUGGACCACUUAAUUUGCCGGUGGAAACGUUUACGAUGCUGGGACUGGCAUUGGUUGCCUUGGGCUCGGGUGGAAUAAAGCCGUGUGUCGCGGCAUUUGGUGGUGAUCAGUUCAAGGUGCCGGAGCAGCUGAAACAGAUCACUUCAUUCUUCUCCCUGUUCUACUUCUCGAUCAAUGCGGGCUCACUGAUCUCGACAACGGUCACACCGAUCUUGAGAGAGGAUGUUCACUGUUUUGACGAUAUCAAUUGUUAUCCCCUGGCCUUUGGUGUUCCUGCCGUCCUCAUGAUCGUCUCCGUGGUGAUCUUUGUGCUCGGUCGUCCCUUGUACAAGAUCAAACCACCAGCUGGCAAUAUGGUGGUGCUGGUGAGCAGCACUAUUUGGACAGCGAUCACCACCAAGUGCAAGGAGAAGAAGACAAAUCCCCGUGAACAUUGGCUCGAUUAUGCGGACAAGAAAUACGAUCGCAAGAUGAUCGGUGAUGUCAAGGUGCUGAUGCGUGUCCUCUUCCUCUAUCUGCCGCUUCCUGUCUUCUGGGCACUGUUCGAUCAACAGGGCUCCCGCUGGACCUUCCAGGCCACUCGCAUGGACGGCGAUAUGGGCUCCUGGGAUCUGAAACCGGAUCAACUGCAAGUGCUGAAUCCGCUCCUGAUUCUCGUCUUCAUUCCCCUAUACGAUGUUGCAUUCUAUCCGCUGCUGCGACUCGUUGGCAUCCGUCGUCCUCUGCAGAAACUAACAUUGGGUGGAAUUCUCGCUGGCAUUGCAUUCAUCAUUUCUGGCAUUGUGGAACUCAAUCUGGAGAAAACCUAUCCCGUAUUGCCCUACAGUCACAACGCCCAACUGCGCAUCUUCAACACGGAGCCAAAUUGCGCCUACAAAUUCAGCACAAAUCUGCCAAUUCCGGAGCCCGAAUUCACAGUGCAACCCAACAGCGUGCAUACGGAUAAAACCAUCUGGUUGGAUAAGCCACCAUUUAAUUUCGAGUAUACUAUUACCCCGUUGAGUGCAAAUUGUCAUCAAUAUGCAAGCGGUAAACAAGAAAUGUCGGAUUAUACGGCCUGGUCCAUGUUUUUGAAUGCACAGAACCUCACACAUCCGAUUGGCUGGGAGAAGGACUUUGUGAAUAAACCAUCCGAUAGUUAUCCGCUAGUGCGUACUGUGGCAAAUGCCCAGCAGCAGCGAUUAAUCGAAUGGAAGGGCAAAAGUGAGAGAUACGAGGUCAAUGCCAAUGAGACGAAAUUAAUACGCAUGUCUGCGAGUAAUUACGAGGUAUUUGUUGAUCAAAAGUCCGUUGGCAACUAUCGCAUACGUACGGGCGGAGUUUAUACUCUGAUGUUGGCUGAAACAUCGGAUGGCAUCUAUAAAGGAACUCUGCUGGAGGUUACCGAACCCAAUUCAAUGAAUAUCCUAUGGCUAGUACCGCAAUAUGUGGUCAUGACCCUCGGUGAGGUGAUGUUCUCGGUGACCGGUCUGGAAUUCUCCUAUUCCCAGGCACCGCCCAGCAUGAAGUCGGUACUGCAGGCUUGUUGGCUCUUAACGGUCGCCUUUGGUAAUGUCAUUGUGGUGAUUAUUGCGGAGGCAGCACUGUUUGAAUCGCAGGCCAGUGAAUUCUUCCUAUUUGCGGGCCUUAUGUUCGCCGACAUGUUGGUCUUCAUGUACAUGGCCUAUAACUAUAAGCCCCACGAUCCCAACAAGAGCGAGGAAGUUGAGCCUUUAACGCCUGACGAUGCACAAGACGAUGAAAAUCGACCAUCGAUAAAGCCACUUGAAACGGGCGUUACAAACAAGGGACUGGAGCUUAAUGAGUAACAUUAAAUACCUCUCUAUUUCCCUCCAAUGUUGUUUUACUUUACACCCAAAAAAAAAAAAAAAAAAAACCUUCCAUCCUCUUAGAUUGUGUAAGUAGAGCUGUGCCCCUUAUCGUUAUCGCUAUCGUUAUCGUUAAUCGCAUCUCGGGGCGUUGUUGAAUAUGACAAUACAAUACGUUUUAACUAAACUAAUCUAAUACAAAUAAAACAAACUUAUUAUCAUA